CCACACCUCUUUCAUUUUUACAGAUUAAUAAAGUGGAAAGAUUACACAUAGGUUCUCAAGGAAUUUGUCUUUCUCAGACUCUUCGUCCAUGAUUCUUCCAUCAUUCAAUCGUCUCGAAUCCAUAGAAAGGCGGUCCGAUUCUUGACAGCAAUGGUGUUUUAUCUGUAGAAGAUCUAAACGUAAGCGUUCGCGAGUGGCAGAGAGUGAGAGGAGAAGAACUAGGGUUUCUUGCUGGUGAAUUCUGGCAUUGAACAGGAACUUCGGGGUUGAAGAGCUGGAGAGGAAUAAUAAUGCCGUUGACGCGGUGCCAGAUACGGAAUGAGUAUGGAUUGGCGGAUCCGGAACUGUACCGCGCCGCCGAUAAGGAUGAUCCCGAAGCUCUGCUCGAAGGAGUCGCCAUGGCUGGGCUCGUCGGCAUCUUGCGUCAACUCGGUGACCUUGCCGAGUUUGCUGCUGAGAUGUUUCAUGACUUGCACGAAGAAGUAAUGACGACUGCUGCAAGAGGCCACGAUCUGAUGGUUCGUGUGCAGCAAUUGGAGGUGGAAUUCCCUUCAGUUGAGAAGGCCCUGCUUUCCCGGACCGAUCAUUCAACAUUUUUUUCCAACACAGGUAUGGACUGGCAUCCAAAUGCGCAAUUGGAACAGAGUAUGAUUACCCGUGGGGAUUUACCUCGUUGUGUAAUGGAUUCGUAUGAGGCCUGCCGAGGUCCCCCACAACUAUUUCUUCUGGACAAAUUUGAUGUUGCGGGAGCUGGGGCAUGCUUGAAGCGCUACACCGAUCCAUCAUUCUUUAGGCUCGAAACAUCGUCCUCGGAAGCAUGUUUGGCUGAAUUACAGAGAGAGAAGAAAUCGCGUAAAACAAAGAAACGAGGAUCAGGGUGGAGGAAUGGGGGAACACCUGAAACAACACCAACAUCACAUACCAAAUUGCAUGAGCUGUUUCUUGAGGAGCAUGUACAAGGUGUUCACUCAGAUCCAGCACGUCUUGUGAAGUUGAAAACAAGAAAACUGGAUGGAUAUUCACUUAUCUCAAAGUCAAAGGAAAGCUACAUGGAAAAGUUUGUGCAGACUUGUCUACCUCAUAAUACAGGAUAUGAAAGAAUUGCUUCAAGCCCAGAAUUAUUGAUGUGGAAUAUGGAAGAUGCCAGAGAUUCAGUACCUGAAAUCAAUGUGGUUGGUGUUGUGGAAAAAUCAUUCCAAGGGACAGAAACAGUGAUUCCAUCACUAAACGAACAGGAUAAUGUACCAGAAGACAACUUAAAUGGAGAUUUCAUCGACAAAGACAUAGAGGCAGUGCCUGAAUCUACUUAUGAUGAGGCAGGGGAAACUGCAUCCACAGUUUCUGAUAAAAUUGUUGAAAAGGAUGCGCAGACAAAUGCGAAUGGAAUACCAGAGGGUCUUCAGGUUAGGAGUUAUUCUGAAGAUUUAACCACUGAGGUUGAAGAUUAUGUAGAUGCACAUGCCACCAUGGAGUCAGAAACAGAAACAGAUGAUGAUGGUAGACCUAGGAACAGAUCAGUUGCUUUCAGCGUUGGAAAACAUGACUCGGGUUCUGAUAUUGAUGAGGAAAAGGUGGAGGAUCCACCACAAUUUUCAGAUUCUCAAUCAGUAGGAAACACAUCAGCCUCAGAAAAUGGGCACAGCUCAUUUUUGAGAUGGAGAUCUAUUUUUUCUUACUCUGAUGCUGGAAGCAUAUCCACUGAAAAUGAUCCGUCUGAUAGAGAGAAAACUGCUGAAACCAUACCUUCUACUGGUAGCUGUAAGAGUGAACUAGUGGAAUUCUCACCUGAUGUUGCUCAUGGGAAUAAGGAUGCUCGAGGGUCUGAUACCCGUGAGCAGGGAUUGAUCUGCGGCAAUGAUGUGGACCGCCAGGCAUCACCUACUUCACAUGGUACAAGUUCUAGUCCUCGAUCUGUUUCUCAGGAUGCUGAAUUACAUUUGUCAAUAGUUCAAUCUUUAGCACCAGAAAUUGGUGAAACUUCUCCAGAAUCUCCUGAACAUGAUCUGAAGAGAGGAGAUACUGAUGAAAGCGGAACUGGCGCAGUUGAUUCUUCAAAUUCUGAUACUCUUUUGGAUAAUAAAGACCCAAACUUCUCUUCUGAAGCUUCGUUGGUUGUUUCAGCUUCUGAAGGAAAUAGAUACGAUACUGCCAUUGGCGAUGCCACUGAAACAAACUGCACAGUUGAUUUUAUUUCUGAAAAUUUAACGCAUUUAGGCACUGGUGGACUGUCGGAUGUAAGCCCAAUAGAUCAACAAUUACCUUGCUCAGAAGGUAUGGGGGUGGAAAUUUCACCUAAUUACAAGGACUCUAAAACUGGAGAUCCUUUUACAGUAUCUGAAAUCCACUCACACAAUAUUCUAGAUGACGAUGGUGAGAAUGUGGCAGAGACUAAGACAGUUCCAGAAGCUCGUUACCAAACAUCAGUUGUUGAGCUCUCCAGUGAACAUUCACCUGCAAUUGGCACCACUCCUGAUGAUUCUGUUUCUGAAGUCAAUCUGGUGAAUAGAACACUGAUACCUACUGAAGUUGUUGACAGUAAGGUGACUUCUGAAGUUAUCUCAAAAGACAAAAUAUCGACGGGAGAUGCUUCUAGCGUUGGCAGUGAGCAGCUGAACGAGAUAUCCGGUGAAUCUCAUUCCAGUUAUCUGGACAAUAAAGGGUUUCAUGAACAUGUAAGGCUGGACAAUGAAGCCCCUGAAGAAGAGCUUGCUAUGUCUGGUAGUGAUGCCUACACGAGCAAAUGCUCUCCUAGUUCAACAUGUUCUCCUUCGGGCGAAACAGAAGAAACACCUUCUGGAGCCGGAGAGCUUUGCCAUGAUAAAGUUCUGGUGUCCAACGGGACACUCUUGGCAGAAACAGAAUGUAAUCCAGAGUUAGAAAGAAAUAUACAGCCAAACCCCUCGGAAGGUUUGGAUCAUUUCCAGCACUCAUCAUCAGUUGCCCUAGAUGACAAUGACUUUCUAAAUGGUGAGGCCGUAACUCUCCAGACAUCUCAAAAUAUCAGUGACAUGGACUCAGAAGAAACAAAAUCUCCCAAUGAGAGCACUCGUCUCAAUAACUGCGUAGAUUCCUCUUCUUUGGAGCUAUUUGAGACUCUCUUAGAGCAAUCGAUUGAGAUGCACGAGCCUUCAGAUGAAGUGAUUUUCGGUUCUGAUGUCUGGCUAGGCUUACCCUAUGAAUCUGUACCACAAUCAAACAGUUCCACGAAAUCUACGUUUAUUAGAUCCGGUUUGAUUCACGAGACAGAUCCACCCUCCAUGGAGGAGGUGCCUCCAUUGCCGCCCCUUCCUCCUAUGCAAUGGCGUUUAGGGAGGACCCAACCAUUUUUUAGUCCAGUUGAAAUUAAGUCUCCUCAGUUCGGGAUUGCACCAUCAGCCCAGACCGUACAUACAACAUCUCUAGGUGGUCAGCUUCCUUCAGAGAUUGUGAACAAUUCACCAGAUAAGCCGUCAUUAUCACAUUCUCAGUUACCAACAACUGAUUUCAAUGGUGAAUAUGAGAGUUGUGAUUUUCAGAGUACUCAAUCAGCUGAUCCUUCUAUCCAGCCCGUUAGCAUGCCGGAUGAUUUUGGCUCAAACCUUGUAGUUGAUGAAGAUCUCAAACAAUGCAUCACAUCUGAACAAAUUGCAGGAGAUUCUGACAAGCAUCCUGAUGCGCCUAAGCAAAUAACGGAGGAAGAGCAGGAUUUGGAUAGAGUAACCGUGGAGCCAUCUGUUCAGAAGAUACUAGUGCCUGAUGAUGCAAUGUGGCCUGUCAGUGCGUUCGCUGUUGCACCAACCUUGGACUCUGAGAAACCGAAUGAAAUCCCUGCGGUUAAGCUUCCCCGGCCGAGAAGUCCACUUGUCGAUGCUGUUGCUGCCCAUGACAGAAAAACGCUGAGAAAGGUGUCGGAGAGGGUACUACCGCUUCCUACAUCGUCGAACGAAGAAGAGAACAAUUCGUUCUUGGUGCAGAUACGGAACAAGUCGUUCAAUCUGAAGCCUGCGGCAAUGACAAGACCCAACAUACAAGCCGGUCCUAAAACAAACUUAAAGGUUGCUGCCAUCUUAGAGAAGGCAAACACCAUACGCCAGGCAAUGGCUGGAAGCGACGAAGAUGAUGAUUCUGAUGGUUGGAGUGAUACUUGAGACCGCAGCUUUCAAUUACGUUGUUUGGUUGUGCAAAUUCCUUCCGAGUGCGCAAGCGCUUCAGGUAGUUUUAUAGAAAUUGUUGUUAUCCUCUCAGGAAAGAGACUUUUGUCAAUAUAUAUACGCGAAUGUAUCACUUUAUAUACGAGUAUGCGGGGGUGUAAGUAAAUUCCGAGAUAUGCACUUUUUUUUUUUAGGGUUAAAGCGUGGGUGUCAACUUGCAGUUGCUAAGAUUUUAUUUCACUUUACGGUUUCUCUUGUUGUC